CCCGUCCUCCCCCUCCCCGCUCCUGGGUCCCCACGGUCUUUGAAAAUGACGCUCUUUGCACGUCUUGUAGUUGUCGCCGCCGCGCUCCCGUUCGCGCUCGCCACGUACGGUUCUGGUAGCUCCAGCUCGUCUUCGAGCUGCAGCAGCUCCGAGUUCUACUACUCGGCGAAGUCCUGCUGCCUGCCCCACGGCGGUGUGUCUAGCCCCCCCAAGCCCCCGAGUGGCACUUCGUGCCCCUCCGCGUGGUACUGGCACACUGGCAAGAGCUGCUGUGUGCCCGACCACCCGCCUACCAGCUCCUCGCCCCCCUCUUGCACGACUGGAUGGACUUGGGACUCGACUGGCUACCACUGCAAGCCCCAGGCUACGACCUCCGCUUACCACCCGCCUACGCCCUCGACGACGGCCCACACCACCUCGAUCCACACUACCCCGGCGCCCACUACUUACCACGCGACUACUUCGACGCACACCACUCCCGCUCCCACCACGUCGUCUUCCACCGACUGCCAGGCGAACCACUGGUACUGGAGCCCGAAGUCCUGCUGCCUGCCCCACGGUGGUACGCCUAACCCGCCCUCGCCCCCGAGCGGCUCCUCGUGCCCGUCCAACUGGGAGUGGAACUCUGGCAAGAACUGCUGUGUGCCCCACCACCCCGACCAGCCCCCUCCCCAGUGCAGCAGCGGCUGGGGCUGGAACGACGGCUCGAAGUGCUGCAACCCGCACAGCACGACCACGUCGUCCACCCCCAAGCCGUCGAGCAAGCCCGGCUCUGGUGGCUACGGCGGUGGCUACGGCGGCAGCGGCUGGAAGCGCAGCCACAAGUCGCGCACGGUGUCUCUUUGCCCCGACUCGCUGGAGGCUUGCCCUAUCAUGGGCCUCACCGGCUUGAGCGGUGACUACGAGUGCGCCGACACCCGCAACGACAUUCAGUCGUGCGGUGGCUGCGCGUCCACCGGUGCCGGCCAGGACUGCACGACCAUCGACGGCGCUUGGAACGUUGGUUGCAACAGCGGCAAGUGUGUUGUUCUCACUUGCGCGGCUGGCUACAAGCGCUCCAACAACGGCUCGAUGUGCAUCAAGCUCUAAACGCUUGUGAUCGCCUCCCAGGAGUUUCGCCGCAAUGCGGAGCUCCCGACCGCAUCGCGCACCACACCACGACAAUUUUGGUUCGACCGCCUGAAGAACCGCCACUCUUUCUACAUCACAUUCUCUACUGCUUACGAGGGGUUGCAAUGAUACUGAGCUCGUAUAUUUAACAGUACAUUUGAGUCAAUCAUGUUGUUCGGACACUUGGACUGUCGCAUACACUAUCUGCGACGAACUUGCACUUGCUUCGGUAUCAUCCUCGGCGUCGGGACAGCUCUUACACCACUACGCUACCGCCCACAUACCAGUCUGGGUGUCCCGCACGCACCCGCGCAUCCACGCAUACUUAUUUAUCUUCGCGAUUCAGGCUUCGAUAUUGUGGAGGGGAGUUGUUGGACCUUGUAGGACGUGUUGCCAAACAUAGCUCUAUGCGAAUGGAGAUCUUUAGGCGAUGCGCGCCU